GUUGGCGCUGCGGCUCCUGUUGUAAGAAAAUAAAACGGGUAAAAGGUUAGCCAGCUAUAUACAGCUCAUUUAUUCGCGUCUCUCAAGAGGAGCAGAACUCUUCAAGCCCCUGAGGACUGUGGGUACAGAGGGCAGCAGCAGCCAUGUCCGGCUCCUAUGAUGACUCCAUGAUCGACGUCUCCAGUGACAGCUUCUGGGAGGUGGGGAACUACAAGCGGACAGUGAGGCGGGUGGACGAUGGCAGUCGCCUGUGUAACGACCUGAUGAACUGUCUCCAUGAGCGGGCGCGCAUCGAGAAGUCCUACGCACAGCAGCUCACAGAGUGGUCCAAACGCUGGAGACAGCUUAUAGAGAAAGGCCCCCAGUACGGGACCCUGGAGCGGGCGUGGGGCGCCCUGUGCACGGAGGCGGAGAAGGUGAGCGAGCUCCACAUGGAGGUGAAGGCGGCGCUGAUGGGGGAGGACUUUGAGAAGCUCAAGGUGUGGCAGAGGGACUACUACCACAAACAGAUGAUCGGAGGCUUCAAGGAGACCAAGGAGGCUGACGACGGCUUCCGCAAGGCCCAGAAACCCUGGGCCAAGAAACUGAAAGAGGUGGAGACGAUGAAGAAGGCGUACCACGGGGCCUGUAAGGAAGAGAAGCUGGCCACAAGCCGGGAGAACAACAGCAAGAUGGAGAACAACAGCAACCCUGAGGCCCAGAAGAAGCUGCAGGAUAAGGUGGAGAAGUGCCAGCAGGAGAUGGAGAAGACUAAGGAGCGCUAUGAGAAGUCUCUGGAGGAGCUGGACAAGAUAACUCCCCAGUACAUGGAGAACAUGGAGCAGGUGUUUGAACAGUGGCAGCAGUUUGAGGACAAACGCAUCACCUUCUUCAAAGCGCUUCUGCUGGAAGUCAAGCAUCACCUCGACCUCUCCACCAAUCACAAAUUCCAGACAGUUUUCCACACGUUGGAGGACACUAUCUCUGCUGCUGAUGCUGAGGAGGACCUCAAGUGGUUCCGCUCCAACCACGGUCCUGGCAUGCCCAUGAACUGGCCCCAGUUUGAGGACUGGUCCUGCUCCCCUAGGUCCAUAAGGUCCAUUGUAGACUGGUCCAUAGACUUGAACCGUACACUGAGUCGGCGAGAGACUAAGAAGAAGCCUUCCGAUGGAGUCACCCUGACGGGCAUCAGCCAAAUGGAAGAGCAGCAGGCAGCUAAGAGCAGCAGCAGCCUGACUGUGCCCACUAACACAGAGCCGGUGGGUUCGAACCCCUUCGAGGAUGACGACGACGAGGAUCUCCAGGAGACCAUGAAGGAACAGCCCACUGUCGUCAACAACAACAACAACCGCAGUCCGCUCAAUGUCAAAAAAGUGGAGGAAGUGAAAACCGCCAGCAGUGUGGAGAAGUCGCAGGAGUGGUCGGAUGAGGAGACUGGGGUGAACCCGUUUUCCAUGGAGGACGCCAACGGCGACGGGAACCCAUUUGAGGUGGAGCCGGCGUCCUCGGUGGUGUCUGUGGCCGUGCGCGCCAUCUACGACUACGAAGGACAGGAGCAGGAUGAACUCAGCUUCAAAGCAGGCGAGGAGUUCACCAAGAUAGGAAACGAGGACGACCAGGGCUGGUGCAGAGGGCGCCUGAAAGAUGGCGUGGUGGGCCUCUACCCCGCCAACUACGUAGAAGACAUCCAGUAAUGACAGAGCGAAGGACGAGGAGGAAAAAGAGAGAGAGGAGGAUGAGGAGAAAGAAAGUGGAGGAGGAGAUGAGGCAGGAGGGUGGGCGGGGCAGGCCUCGCAUUCACCCCUCUGUGGGCGGGGGGGGGUAGCAGAAGGAAGGGGUUUGCCCGUCGAAUAUGAGUAUGAUGAUGAAGCUCUCUCUGUUUUAUCUUCCUGGAUCCCAUGUGCACAAACACAAAUCUUCCUACAACUACGGCCUGCUCUCAUUGUCAACUUUUAUGAUGGGACACCCAGUACAGAGUCUAAAGCCAGCUACAAAAGCACAUGUUACUUAAAGCCAUUACUGUUACAGAAAAAAUAUAAAAAGAUAUUGAAAAGAUGUAACUAUCCAAUUGUAGCUUGAAGUUAUUAAGACUUUGAAGGAAUAAACAGAUUUAAAAGAUGUGAACAGACAUGGGAGAGGAUAUACAUGUGUCCUACAUUUUAGAUUUGAUUUUAUUUGAAACUACUUUUAGGUCUCCAAUCAAUCUCUCGGUCGACUCUUUAAUUCAUUUUUGCCAUAGACAGUUGGUGAUACAUAUUUUUAGUUCUAUAGAUCUGAUUCUAUUGUAACACCAGUUUGGAGUCCAGGAUCCGAUUUGGAAGCCUUGUGUCGAAAUAGGGGGAAUUUGCAAUUGCAUGUUAUUUCUUGCGCUGUUUUGAGCGUCCUUCACCCCAUCCUUUUGACAGUAAUCAAUGUUUUUUUUUUUUACAUUAUGAAAGCCAUUUGUCUGAAAUAUCAGAACCAACAACCCGUUUUCUUAUUUUAGACUUUUUCAAAUCUUUUGAGUGAAGGGCUUGGGAUUCAUGGCAGUGCCGGUUCAGAACAAUGAGGCUUUACACAACAACAUUGUAUAUGAUGCCUAUAGUUCACAUUUGUCAAGUCUCAUCCCUUUUUUGUAUUUUAAAUCUGAUUAGAAUUAUACUUUUUUGCUCAUUGAAUAGUUGAUGAAUGAGAGAAACCGAUACGAUUAAUUCUAUCCAGUUCUUCCACCGUCUCCAACCAGCUGGGUCUCAGCAUUUCAUAUUAUUCUUAACUUAAAUGCUCUGAUACCAGGUUGCUCCAACCCACAUUUUAUCAAUAAGUGAUGCACUCACCCUCACUGCUAAGUUUUCCUGUAACCUUUACCCCUCAGCCUUAAUUGAUUGUAUAUUCUUGAAUUGUUUGAUUGUAUCGGCUCACCUAUUGAUUGUACACGUUUGCUGGUCAUUUUAGUAUCAGGGACAUUCACCAGGGCACAUAGGGUUCUGGUCAAACGUAGUGCACUAUAAAGGAAAUAGGGUGCCAUUUGUGACAACCGCUAUUCACACAAUUGACUUCACAUUCUGUUGGUAGAUUUUUACGUCAUGUGAAUGUUAUUUUUUUCUUUCAACACUGAAUGUUUGGGAAUAAGGUGUCUCACUUGAAGUUAGGAGCUUUAGCCCCAGCUUGCACUGGAUGUCAAAUUCAAAGCUUUGGGAGAAUAUUUUUUUUUUUGUGCCAGCAAAACAAUGUUACACGUUCAGCAAUAAAAACCACAGUUUUUACAGUUUUUCACAAACUAGAGGGUCCGAUUUAAUAAAAGUAUGUUUGCAUGUAAAUAGCGAGGAACCUACGAACAACUUAAGCAGUUAAAGAUUAGGGAGUUGUGAUGGUUUUUAUUUGGUAAUUGAAGACUGUUAAUUUAUGAGAUGCCUUGAGUGCUUUUGUUCUUCUCUGUCAGACGAAAUGCUGUGAUUAGGAAAAAAAAUCAGUUUGUACAAUUGUAUGUUUUAUUGCGAAUUUGCUGUCUUGUUGCAUUUGUAAAUAUAAUUACAAUUUUUCUCCAGAGGGGCCAUAGCCUAUGUAUGAUUAGUAAUUGACAAAUAACAGAUUAUAUUUUUUCUCAUUUUCUUUUCAAAGUUAAUGAAUGAUUGACACACACACCCUUAACUCCACCACAUGUGCAUUACCAGUAUUGGCAAACUAUAUAUGGUAUAGGACCUAUCCCAAUUCCCAUCUCUAGUAUAUGUUUCUCAUAUUGGGAGUUGAUGUUAUGGCUCUUACAUUAGUGUUUGCUAAAGAAUGCGCUCACAACAAUGUGUUUAAGCAUGAUGCUCCUGGAAAUAUCACCUACAUUUUAUGCCUACAACUGCAUUUCGAGGGGAAGAUAGAUUUGGUUUGAUAUUACUUGCACAACUCAAUUUGUCAAUGUUAUCCCACAGCAUACAUUAUAAAUGAAUUGAACGAAA